AAUAUUUCCUUAUUUGGAGUGGAAGUCACAUUUUAACUUUUUCCUCGAUCGCUUUGCAGUUCUUUUUUGUCGUUUCACGUUUAUUUAUCGUUCACGUUUACUAGUAUAUAUUUGGUUUACUUCACAUUUUAUUUCGUUGCGAGAACAUGGACUUAAAUUUUGGAGAUUCCACCACCAGCCCUACUGCAAGCUAUCUUCCUGGAUAUCUGUUGGGUGGUAAUACUCAGUCAUCUUUGCCGAUGUCCAAAAAUUGGUCAUCACCAUUAGGUUCAUCUCAAAGAAGUCCAUAUUACAAGAACUCCAAAUCACCACCAAGAGGUGUAACUUCCAGUUUCACAAGUCCUCAUCAGUUAUCUGUAAAAGAAAAACAGUACAAUUCCAUCAGGGGUACCCCAACAAUCAGUCGGACACCAAAAGAGUCUAUARGUGCUCCACCAGUAGAAAGUCUUUACAAUACAAAGUAUGCUGUAUCUUCACCAUUCACAGAAAGAACCUUGGAUAGAACACAGAUGGAUUCUAUUAACACGUAUUCACCAGUGAGUAAAAGUUUACAACACACUCCAAACAUUGGUAAAGAGGUCACCUUUGGACGUACAACGAUUGCUGUUACCCCUCCUUCUCCAGCACAAGUCGACCCAUUUUACACUCAAGGGGAAGGUUUGACUAGUGGCGAUAUUUUGAAUGAAUGUUGGGUUACUGUUUUUGGCUUUCCACCUGCUGCCUCCUCUUUCAUUCUUCAGCAGUUCUCACAAUAUGGAAAUAUUAUCCAAAAAGAGGUUAUGGCAAAUAGAAAUUGGAUGCACAUCCAGUAUCAGUCAAAGUUACAAGCCAAAAAGGCCCUCAGCAAGCAUGGAAAGGUUUUUAGUGGCAAUCUUAUGAUUGCAGUCAUCCCUUGUAUUGAAAAGAGCAUAAUGGCAUGCAUCGGAAAAGAAAAUGUAAUGGCUGCAAGUAAUGAUGCUAUCAAUGACAUAUCAAUGAAAUCAAGUACCAUCCCAUGCAAGACACCUAUAAGACCAUUGACGGCUGCAUAUAAUGCAGCAAGUAGCACACAUCAGGUUGAGCCUCUAGAUGGCAAAACUCCACAGAAGAGUGACACAAUCAUUUCGAAAGCCAUGGAAUAUAUGUUUGGCUGGUAGAUUAUAAUAUGAGAAUAUCUUUUUAGAUAAAUUAUCAUUAUUAUUGUAUGAGAGCAAGCUAUAAAGAACUAAAACAAAAUGCAAAGAACCAAAUGCAAAACAUAUAUAAUUUCAUCAAUGAAUAGUAAAACCAGGAAACAGUACUAAAUAUAUUUUGCACUACAUAGUACAAAAUAGUGCAAUGCAUAUCUUUUGCUUUUAUAUUGUUUUGUUAGUGCUUAAUAGUGCCACUACUUCUUCUUUGAUACCUAAAAUGGAGCUCAACCUUAAGACUUUGGUACUUGUCAGCUCUCAAUGUUAAACAGAGGUGCUUAACCUUUCAUUGGUUCGUACUACAGACAACUCAGUUUUCAUCCUGACUUUUGUCUCUCAAGUGUUUCAGAUUUGCCACAUAGUUUUGAAUAAAGCUGGAGUUUCAUAAUUUAAAUAAAAUUGUAUUUCUUCCUAUUGA